AUGGAAUUUCAAGUUCCAGAUUCACCAUCAUCCAAAACCUCAACCAGCCAUGUGUUAGUGAUUCCAUAUCCAUCACGAGGACACAUCAACCCCAUGAUGAAUCUCAGCAAAUUGCUAGUAUCUAAUACCCCCAACAACAUCCUCGUCACCAUUGUUGUCACACAAGAAUGGCUAACCUUAAUAGAUACCGAUCCAAAGCCCGACAACAUAAGAUUUGAAACCAUCCCUAGCGUUGGUGGUGACAGCUUUCUGAAUAUCGUUGAAGCUGUUAUGACCCAAAUGGAAGCGCCGUUGGAGCGGCUACUCGAUCGGCUCAAUCGGCGGCCGCCGACAUUUGUUAUAUACGAUGCUUUUCUCUUUUGGGCUGUUCGUGUUGGAAACCGGAGGAAUAUUCCGGUGGCUGCGUUCUGGACUUCGUCUACGUCGGAGCUGUGGGUGCAAUUUUUCCAUAUUUUCCUACAAGGCAAGCCCUUAGAAAAUGGUGAUAAACUAAUAGAUUAUAUUCCAUCAAAAUCUUGGAUUCACCUAGCUGAUGUCCCUCUUCUUGAUAAGAACAAUCAUCAAGUUUUACAAUGGGCUCUACAAAGUUAUCAAUGGAUUCUCAAAGCACAAUAUCUAUUAUUGUCUUCAUUUUAUGAGCUUGAACCACAAGUAAUUGAUGCCUUAAAAUCAAAACUCACAAUACCAAUUUACACCAUAGGCCCAAACAUACCUUAUUUUAAUCUUGGACACAAUUCACAUUCUCUGAAUGCUACUAAUGAUGUUGCACAAAGUUACAUAAAUUGGUUAAAUCUCCAACCUAGUGGGUCUGUUUUAUACAUCUCAUAUGGUAGUUUUCUAUCUGUUUCAAGAUCACAAAUGGAUGAAAUUGCAGCUGCUUUGAAAGAUAGCGGCGUUCGAUUUUUAUGGGUAACGCGCGACGAGACUCAUAGAUUGAAAGAUAUGUGUGGGAAAAUGGGGUUAGUUGUGACAUGGUGUGACCAAUUGAGGGUAUUGUUACAUCCUUCAAUAGGUGGUUAUUGGACACAUUGUGGUUGGAAUUCUGUUAUGGAAGGUGUUUUUGCUGGGGUUCCUUUUUUGACAUUUCCACUUGCUAUGGAUCAACCAUUGAUUAGUAAGAUUAUUGUUGAGGAUUGGAAAGUUGGGUGGAGAGUGAAAAAAGAUGAUAAGUUAGACACUUUGGUUACAAGAGAUGAAAUAGUUGUGUUGCUAAGAAAAUUCAUGGAUUUGGAUUUUGAUAUUGGAAGUGAUUUGAGAAAAAAAGCUAAAGAGUUUCAGCUUUUAUGUCAGGGAGCAAAAAAGAAAGGUGGAUCAUCUGAAAUUAAUGUGAAAGCCUUUUUGAAGAAUGUAAUGCAGAGUGGCUUGACACAUGAAGGAUCAAAUGAAUUACAAGUUCAAAUUGCUAUUGAGAAUUUCAAUUGA